AUGGCCAUUCGCCCGAAGAGCUACGCUGGCUGGAAAGUCGUCCACAUCAACACCGAGAGGGGACGCGAAUCGGUCUUGGACCAACUUGCCUCGAUCUCUUUCGACGAAUGGAACACCUCGGAAGAAGCAAUCACCAUUGCCGUCUCUCCGAGCCAGCUAGCAGAGCUGGAUGUGCUUCAGUUGCCGUAUACAGUGAUGCACGAGGACCUCGGUGCAUCCAUCACCGCGGAAUCUACACAAGCUACGGGGAAGUGGAAACGGCAGGUAGACGACUUGUCUUGGUUCGAUAGCUACCACUCGUACGAGGAGCACCGGGCAUACUUUGAGGAGCUGCACGCCAAAUUCCCCAAUAAUUCCGAGAUUGUAUCCUCGGGAACCUCUUAUGAAGGGCGAGAUAUCUGGGGACUUCACUUUUGGGGUGCGAAUGGCCCGGGGCAGCCAGCUGUGUUGUGGCACGGUACCGUUCACGCUCGCGAAUGGAUCGCUGCACCGGUGAUCGAGUAUAUCACUCGACAGCUUAUCCUCGGAUACGGUGGCGAAGACGAAACCAUCAACAAUUUCGUGAAUAGCUACGACUUUUAUGUCUUCCCCUUUGUAAACCCAGAUGGCUUUGUUUAUACCCAAACGACCGAACGCCUCUGGCGCAAGAGCCGGCAGCCCGGCCCUGGAAACACAACCUGCUACGGCCGCGACAUCAACCGCAACUGGCCCCACGGCUGGGACGCAAACCCCUCCGGCGCCUCCACGGAUCCUUGUUCCCUCUUUUACAAGGGCGAGGCUCCCGGCGACACUCCCGAGAUGCAAGGCCUCAGCGCCUUCGUCGACGACCUCCGCGACACGAACGGGAUCAAGCUCUUCAUCGACUGGCACAGCUACAGUCAAUACAUUCUCGCGCCCCUCGGCCACAACUGCACCACGUAUAUCCCCAACCUCGGUGAGCACCUGCAGAUUGCCCACCGGGCAGCAAGGGCCAUCCGUGGCGUUGAGGGUGCAGUUUACGUACGGCCCUAG